AACGUCUAGUUGCAGUAAUAAAGAAAUAUUAUCGUCUUAUCGAUCGCCUAUAGGUGUAAAACAUUUAACAUUAAAAUGGAAACUGCAAAGAUUCUAAAGUUUAACAGUGGUGCUACAACAGAAUUGGCUGAUUUAACUCCUGUUAAACCGAGACUAGGCAGAUUUUUAGAUGCUUAUUCACCAGAGCAUCUAAAUUUAACGCCAAAACAUCAACGGAAACUUACACUUGCUGUAGUGACAAAUGAAAACCUUAAUAGUUUACUUACACCUGAAAAACAGCUUAUUAUCAAUGACAAAUGCAGAACUGUCAAGCCACAACAAAAUUUUUGCAAUGUUUGGAGCAACUGCUCUUUUGAGGGCAACCAGAGCUUCCCACGCUUAAACCGGCGAGUAAGACCUAUUAAGAUGGAUCUUGAAACCCCCACUAAAGUGAAGCCAGCAGUUGAUUUAGUAAGAGUUGAUGGUCCGAAUGGACUACGAUUCAACACAUCUCUGGCAGCUGGUGAAGUGGCGGGUUCCCCAGCUCAGUCCCAAACAGACCGUCUGCAACAGUCAAUUAACCCGACAAAGGCAGUAUUCACCAUUGAACCAAACUCAUCUAAAAUUCUCAUUGUCAACAACAAGGCUUGUUCCCUCCUUGGCUAUUCAUCUGGAGAAUUAUGUGAUCUCCGUUUUACUGACCUUUUGAGAAAGAGAAGCAGCAAAACCUUCAAGUUACAUGAUGCAGGAGAUGCUGACAUUUCUGAAGAUGGCACUAUUAUAUUGCUCAGUGGAAAAGUGGUUGAACUUGUGUCAAAAGAUGGUGGUUCAAUCCAAGUUUCGCUUUGGAUAAGACAAUUGGAUAAUGAUGGACCAUGUUUGGUAGUUGCUGAACCAGUGAUAUGUAAAAAUGUUGUGUUGACAAUAGAGGCAGAGACUGGUAUAAUAUUGUCCUGUGACGGUGAUGAUGCAGCGAUGUUAUUCCAAGCUGAUUCAUCUGAGAAAUUAAUUGGUUUGCCUGUUGCAUCCCUCAUACCUUCUAUACAAAUACCUGCAUAUGAUGCGCCUAUGCCUAAAAAUAUAUCGAAACAGAAGGUGACUGGAAGGACAUUAGAUGGUGGUUCAUUUCCUCUUUGCCUUUGGAUAUCCAAACCAAAUGCUGUGGAAUCAGCCACAUGGUCAUCAUUGAAGCCAACCAAAGAGAAGCCUGUAUUCAUAGUGAAUGUUAGGGUAACUUAUAAUGUAAGCGGUCUUCUGGUGGUAGACGAAAAUGGUAUCAUAACAGCUUGUAAUCAACACUUUGCAAUGCUGACUUUUGGCAAGCCCCAUUCUGAAGUUAUCGGUCACCACAUAGAAAAUGUUAUACAGAACUUUUGCCGGGAGGCCGACCUUGUCAAAAUACAGGACAGGAACCGAAACUUGACGCUGUCAGUUAACAAUGAAGAUGAAGAUUCAGCCUCUGACACUGACGAUGAUUCCUGUGAAGCAUUUAACGGCAGUCAAAAAUCGGCUUGCAUGUCACUAAACGUGCAACAGUCAAUGUUAUCGACGACUCGGGAGAAGUCUUCAAGCGCACUGUGUCUCGACAAGUCUUACAGCAUGGUCACCCACACGCCCACGCCCACUCAGGACAUGGUCUCCAGCCUCAGCACUACGGAGCAGAGAAACGACAUGUCGGCUCUGCCCGAUGUCACGUCUGGCAUGUCCGGCAUAUCCAUAGACGACGAGAACUACUGCCAGAGUAGUAUAUCGAAAUCUCGGUCAGAAAAUAUACUUCGAUCUGAACAGUCCAACCAAGUUAAACAGACGCCGACGAAACAAGUCUGUGAAAAAUCUGAUUCGAUAUACUACACGUCCCAGCAUUCGCAGGAGGUCACGCCGACUGGUAAUUCUCGGGUGCGGUUGAACGACACGUCGUUGAGAUUGUCAUUCGAUUCAAGUAAAUACAAAUCUAUUAAAGCCCAAGGAAAAGAGGAUAGGAGCAGUAUAUCAUUGGACUUCUGCGACUCGAACGAAACUAGCGCGGAUUUCCUUACGCCGAUAAAUGAAAUGCCACCGCCCGGCUGCGAAAUAGAAGACCUCCCGAAACAUAAUGGCAACGAUGAGAGUAUCGACAGCUUGAGUAAUGACAAUGAUUUGGAAACGCAAACUGAAUCUGCGCCCAGGAAGAAGUAUGACGAUGACCCUCCUGAAACACCCUGCGCUACGAAACGUGUUCUUCGCACGCACAUAACGACCUCCACGCCUCAACAUACCCGUAACAGCAAGUCUGAACAAUGCGACGCGAACGACUGCGGAUACAAAGACGGCACGUACAAGGGCGUCGUCGUACAUAAAGACGGAACAGAACUUAGCGCGGUGUACACGGUGUCGAGCAUGCAGCUGGCGACGGGCCUGCGCGUGCGCUGCGUGUGGCUGCGCGUGCGCGCGGCCGACGCGGCGCUGGAGCUGGCGCCGCGCCACGCCACGCUGGCCUCCAGCCUCGCCUCCACCGCAGACAACUCGCUCGUGCUCGGUAACAAAUCUGCGAGCAGUCGGCCCCAAUCGAUGUCAUUAAUGAGUCAAGGUGGAGAGGAGCAGAUCGCCGGGGAAUAUAACAAGAAUUAUGUCACACUUAAACAGAUCGGCAAGGGCGCAUACGGGUGUGUAAAGAUGGCGUACCGUCGCGCGGACCGGCUGCUGUGCGUCGCCAAGUUCAUCCUCAAGGAGAAGGUGGGCGUCGCCUUCUGGAGCGACGCGCCCGACGGCCGGCGCGUGCCGCUGGAGCUCAGCCUGCUGCUCACGCUCGACCAUCCCAAUAUCGUUAGCGUGAUCGACGUAUUUGAGAAUGAAAAGUAUUUCCAAAUGGUUAUGGAGAAGCACGGGGCCGGCAUGGACCUUUUCGAGUUUAUCGAACGACGACCAAGACUCGACGAGCCGCUACUCAGCUAUAUAUUUAGACAGAUCGGUCAAGCCGUGGAAUACUUACACUCUCUGAAUAUCUUACAUCGUGAUAUAAAGGAUGAAAACGUGAUUAUCGACAAUAAAUUCCACGUAAAGCUCAUUGAUUUUGGCUCGGCAACUUUCAUGAGCAAAGAUACACUGUUCGCGACCUUCUACGGCACUACAGAGUACUGCAGUCCAGAGGUGUUAGCAGGCAACAAAUAUGCAGGUCCUGAAUUGGAGAUGUGGUCAAUGGGGAUAACUUUGUAUGUAUUGACAUUCUUUGUUAACCCGUUCUCCGACAUUGAGGACACAAUACAGGGACCACUCACCUUCCCUCAAGUUGUUUCAGAAGAUCUGGAGCAACUACUGCGCUGGAUGCUUUGCAAGGAGCCGCUGCAGCGCUGCACGGUGGCGCAGCUGAUGGCGCACGCGUGGCUGCGACAACCCGUCGCCAUUGACAACUACGUCUUCCAAGAUGUCGUCGAUUGUGAUCGUCACGAAGCGAACCCUGAAAUGUACUUUAGUGGCAGUUUGGGCUCCCCGCGCUCUGCAUCUCCCGUAUCUCUAGCUGACCCUCUUGCUAAAGAGCGCUCGCACCCGUCGGAGCAGGUGGCGCGCUCGGACAAGCAGCUGUGCCGCGACGAGCCCAAGCGCGGCUCCGUGGCGCUGCACGCGCUGUCCGCCGAGCGGGACGCGCACUCCGACAACUACAGCCUCCGGUCGUCGGCAGACAUAUUAGACAUUUCGUCGAAACCGGUAUCUGAUGCGGCGCUCACUGACAUCAGCUCGGAUGCUACCGGCCACGCCGCCUGUGACAUCGACUACGAUUGUGACCAGUACGAAUGCGACAGCUGGGAUGAAUGCGAGCAGGAUAGCUUCUCUUAGAAACGACCGUGCGAGAAAAAAUAUAGAUAAAUUUACCAUGGCUGAAGUAUUGAUUUGAUUUGAGUUGUUGAUUCACUGUUGCGAGUGUCGUAACAAUAUUUCGCUAAAAGUGUCAUUUGAUGCGAUUUUUGGUAGUUAAAUGUCAAUGUGUGCGGGCUACAUGGUCUUGUUGUUACAACACAGGAAUAUCAUAUCGCUUCAUGCUAAAGAGUAAGAAGUUAUAAUUAAAUAUUGAGUAUUAAUUGCCAAAAGAUACAAAUAAAUUACGGUCUGUAGUAUAUUAUAUUUAUUCACAUUACAAAUCAAGCUUAGUUUAAGAAACAUUCUUGGAUGAAUUUUUAUGCUUAUCGCAUUGAUAAUUAAUGUUGUAAAUGUUGAUGUGAAUAUCGACAUGUCAACAGUAGUGAAAAUACCUUUUUUUCCUUGCCAGAGUAUGGAAUCACCAUGUCUUAUAUUAUAAUUAUCAAUGACAUAUUAAGUAAUUUUGUUCCUAUAAUUCCGCCCUACAAUCCAAUUUUUGGACUUAUAUUGCCAAAUUAUUUAAUAUCAUUUAACAUAUACAUUCAUUUUAGUAUAAUAACACCUUGUACCUUUAGAUCACAGACUGCUUAUAAUAUAGUUACAUUUAUUGACCAAUCCUUAGACUCGUAUAGUAGGUAGAUAAUUAUUUUUAAUUUUCAAUUAUAUUUUUUUAACAUAAAAUUUGAAUAUUUAAAUAAUUCAAUCACUUCAGUAUUAAGAUAUACAAAAAUUUCGCCUAAUUAGAUAGAAAAAUGAUCUUGUUCUGAAUUAUUUAUUAGGAAUUGAUAAAACCAUUGCAUUAAUGUAGCCAAAUAUUAGAACGCAAUUACAAUAUUUUUAAUAUAACAAAUAUAUAAUUACAAAGUCGGCAGUCUUGGAAUUUGUUUUUUGAUAUUUUUUUCUCUCAUAUAUUUUUUUUCUCUCAUAAUUGUUAAUGACAAUAUUGGUUUUUUGUACGUACUAUAUAUGUUUACCGCAUAAUAUAAUUAAUUGAGUAAGAAAGGAGAGUCGUAUCGGAUAAUUACUUAAAAAAAAAUGUAAUGAGACAUUUCAAUGCAUUUCGGGCAUUAGUUUUCUAGGUCUAUCUGUCAUUGUGCCACUUGCUCACUACAAUAAAUUCAAGUAAAAAUAAGCCAGAUCUUAAAAUUUCAAAACUGAGAUCACAUCACGCUAUGUGCCUUUUUACAAUUUUUUUUAAUAGUACAUAAAUUAACUGUUAAACCAUUCCAGAAAAAAAACAUUCGUACAGAACCAGUUUCUAUAUUUUUUAAUAACUUUAUCAAUUGGUGAGUCAAAUCGAAUUAUGGAUACAGAAUACAAAUUCUAAGAUGCCGAUUUUAGAACUAUUCAUCUUUAUAAAACUUCUAAAUUUAUAAUUUGCUACAUAUCGGUGCAGAUUCUCUUGUACACCAACUUAACUAAAUUAACCUGACUAGGCUUAAAGAACUGCUCUGUUAUUUCUCUGUUUGUGGCUGAAAAGGUUAUUAUGAAAUAACUAGUUAAAUUAACUAGUAUGUUGUUUUCCAGUUCCUAGAACAUUUAUCAAAGUCAGAUUAACUAGUUUGACUUCAAACAGCAAGAUCAUUGGUCGGCAGCCGAUGACGACAUACCAGUUAACCAAUGAGCGUUAAAGUUUUUAGUCAUAUUAGUUAAUCUCAGUUUGCUCAACUUCUAAGAUACGGGUGGUGUGUAUAAUAGAAUCGGCACUACUGAUAAGAAAUAUCCUAGUACAGGAAUUAAAUUAAUAUCAUAUAUUGAAUAAAUGUAAUUACUAAUUAAUUAUCCCCAUUGAAGAUGUCUCGACUCCUUUAAUUAAUGACUGAAUGAUGAAAUCCUCGACUUUUAUUUAAUGUGAUAAGAAACAAAGCUUUACCCAUUCAAUCACGAGUAUUAUGAUAUAAAAUUAUAAACAUUGAUAGAACUUUUCCAUUACAUAUAUCCCUAUAUUAAGUUCAUGAUCUUUCCUUUUGUUUACAUAAGAACGAUAAACAUUUGAUAUUUAAACCAAUGUUUGUUGUUCCUAUACUUCCAUAGUCAAAAAUAUUUAACUAAUCUAAUAUUAUAUCCAUUCUGACACUUAUAACAUUUUAAAAGUAUUUUACCCAUAAAUGUAAUAUCGAAUCUUAUGAUUAAAUAGUAUAAUCAGAAUUAGGACAAUACAUUAGUAUUUUCUUACAUUAAAUAGUUUUAAAGUAAGAUUUCGAAAAGAACCAAUUAUUUAUUUGUAGACUACAUUGUAAAUAUCAUAAUGUAAUUUGUUACAUAUCUGUGUUGGGUUCAAUUUUAUAUAGAUUAAAAAGGAUGCAGGUGUCCACUGUAUUAAUAUUUAAAAGUAAAAUUUUGUUGCAAGUCAUCAAAAUGAUUGCCUAAACUCUAGUCAUAUGAUAUGAAAAGUUUGGUUAUAAUUUAUCUUUUUUAUUCAAUAAAUAAGUAAAUAAUUAUCUCAUGAGUCUUACCAAAAGCUGAACAAAAUCAUAAUUAUUAUUAAGUUAAUAAACUCUUGAAAGUCUGAUUUAUUUAUAAAUGCCUAAUUCAUGAUAUAAACAAUAUUUUAUUAUUUUAUGUAUCUGUGGACACAUGUGAAGUUUUCUUAUGUUGAUUUUUUUUAAAUAGAUGCGUAUAUUUAAAUUUGUAUUGUAUUGUAUGUAGACUCGGCCAAAAUUCCUUAGAAAAUAUCAAUUUUAUGCAAUGUACAUGCGCAGACUUAUUGUUAAUUAUCUCAAAUAAUUAAUCUAGGAUCGAAGAUAACUUUGCACAAAUUAAAUUCCAAACGAACUCUUUUAGCGACAUAGUUGUCUUCGCUUCUUAUUUAAUUAAUAGAAUUAUAUUUUUGUAGUUCUCAUUAUGAUUUAAUAGAUGAAAGUAGUGAUUAAUUAUUGUCCGACGCGUCCGUUUUUGACUAGUGCCUUACGGCGGACGGCGGUUACGUUGCUGGGUGUAGAACAUUGUGACCAUUCAUCAUAAUAAAAAUUCAACGCUACU